AGACAACCUGAUAUUCCUGCUGCCUGUCUGCGUCUUCAUCCCCUUCAUCCCACCUCCAUCGUCUCUUUGUUCCAUGAGUAUUGAUAACACCACAACGUUCGGUCUCAGCACAUCUCCAUCACGGGCUCUGCUGGAUUUCGCCUUAGGGCUGCCGCAGAUGGCCAUACAUUCUGUAGACGUACCAAUCACACACCCACUUCCAGAGAGCUUCGCUCCAUCACGCAAAAUGUCGUCGACCCAAUUCCCUCCAAGGCCCGCCGUCGAAAUCUCCGACCUCCGAGGAGAACGCCUUACCGAGGCUGAUGCUCGCGAGGCCCUGUCCGGCUACGUGAUAUACCGCUUCGAGAAGCUCAACGACGAGAACGCCGUUGACGAUGAGGGGUACCCCGUCAAGCCGACGUGGGAGAAGGUAGUGAAAACGAGGAUUUGCGACAUAUCCAAGCAGGAGGCGACCCGCCAAGUACGCCAGCUUGACAGAGACAGCCAGUCGAGCUGGGACAAGAAGACCGCCCUCAUUCCGGCACAGCAGCGCCAGCUUGAGAGAGCCCUGGAACAGCUGAACGCGCAGGAACGCGAUCCCCGGUACCAUCACAUUCUGGCGCAGUUCGACCAGCAGCUCAAGAAGCUCGACAAGGGCUCUUCGGCAGACCACACAUCCAGCUCCAAGAGCAAGAGCAGAAGCAAGAGCAAAAGCAAGAGCCAGAGCAAGAAGAGAAGCCACAGCAUCAGCACCGUGCAUAAAAUCAUCUUCACUCAUCGAGGAGCCAUCAUUGCAAAGCACGAGAAACCUCGGAACAAGUACGAGAGAACCUCCCUAAUUGCGUACUUCAACCGAGUCCCCCGACCCGAAGAGAACGCCAUUGCCAUGUUCUGGCAGAGACAACUGGAGUUCGAAGCAGCUUUGGUGCCUCUGCCUCCGCCCCCACCCCCGCCUCCAACCCAGCACAUCGUAGUCCCCCAGCCUAUUGUUCACAGGCCGGCGCCACCUGUCUCCGCUGGAGGAAUGUCGCCAACCUCACCGUACACUCCCAUCCAGAAUGUACCUAUUCCAGCGCCCCAGCCACCGUACUCCAAGACCUCUAGGAGUCCCGGGAAGCCCCCACGAAGAGAAGUGAAGAUCGUCGACAAAAGGGGACGCAACGACAAGUCCCCAGGCUCGCCAAAAAGCUCCAAUGAAUCCGAUUCGGUAUGCUCGGAUGACUCUAGCUCCACGAACGACACCGAGAGGACAGCGGCGACUUCCGUAACAAGCGAAACUGGAAGCUCGCCUCGCACUUCUCCUUCCCGCGGUCGGCGCAAGAGCCGAGUCCGAACGCGUAGUCGCAGCCAGAGCCGUAUCCGUCCCAGAAACAGCCCGGAGCGGUACGAGAUUGAAGUACCGCGUCACCACGUCAAACGCGAGCCUCGUCACCCCCUAGACACCAUGUCACGCGUGUCAUCACCGCAAAGUACCACCGCUCCGCGCUAUGGUUCACCGGCGUCAGGUCCGACACCCCUCCUCAUCGAACGCAUCCGCGAGCAAGCAUACCAGGCAGGCGUGGCGGACGCAAGGGCCGCCUCGAAACGCAUGCUCAACGGGCUUCGCAUCGUCCACGACGAAGCGGGCUACCGGCCACGCUCGGCACUUCCCCCGAAGAUCAUCCAAAGAUCGCCGCCGCCAGGUGGAGCACGCCUGGUGACCUCCGAGAGCCUGGAACGCCGACGCGUGGAGGACGAGCUCGAUAACCACUUGGGGAGGUUACGGUUGGGAGACGACAUGGAGCGCGAAGCGGAGCGGUGUUGGCGGGUCGCUCAAGAGCUGGACAUGCUGGAGCGUCAGCGGCUGGAGGAUGAGCUGAGGUUCGAAGAGACGGAGAGGCGACGGCUCGCAGAGGAGAUGGCGGCUGUUGAGAUGCGGGAGAGGGAAGGAGAGUUGCUGCGGCGGCGUCGGGUGGCGGAGCACCAGAAACGUUUGCGGUGGCAGAUGGACGGGGAAGAUAUCCUCGCCAUGGAGGAAGAGGGGCGCGUGGCAGCGAGAGCGUACAUGAGGCCUCGGGAGCGGUCACCGGGCGUAACGUAUGAGGGUUCUUACGGCCGGAGAAGAAGAAGUAACAAUCGCAUCCCAGCGGGGUAUCGGUACUAGGAGUCUUUCGUUUCAUUCAAGUCUUACAUGUUUGUCUUGAUUCACAUUGCAGGUUAGCAGGCUUUCUCUUUUCUCCACGCAGCCAUUGGCGUAUGAGCUUUGAUGAAAUAGACCGAGU